AUGAGCAGAACAGGCCUGAUUGUCGAUGAGUUUCAAGAAUUCUCUUCUGAGGUUUCGAAUAGGAAGGUUUCAACGAGAAAAAACAGACCUAUUUACACUUAAACAAUUAGUGUAAAACGAUACCAUAAAAUACCUUUAAGAACUUAGUAAAUGCUUUUUGAAUAGGUAUUUAAAAAUGGGAAAAAGAUAAAACAGGCUGCAAAGGAAUUGAGAAUGAAUUACUCAAGUGCUAAGUCAUUAAUCCAUUACUAUAAAACUGAAAAGAGGCCGAUACCAGAUUAGGUGAAAAGCUUGAUUGUUAAGAAAAAAUAAGCCUCAUUUUGUUCAAUAGAGGAAAAAAAUGAACGUCAUCUCAGUCUUUUUGUGGAAAUAAAAGUCAAUCAUGAAAUAAUUAACUCUUACAACUACUUUCAAAAACUCCAUAAUGAUGUUAAAGAAGAAACAAUUUGA